UGUGCUUCUGCGCAGUACCGGAAGCAAAUAACGGCCUAAGCGGGCAGCACUCCAGAUACAGACAGAUCUGCUCAAAACAUUUGGAUAAAAGAGCUCGCCAGAAGAAACAGGCGGAUGUUGGCUCUAUACAACAUACACAACAUCAGCUCUUGAAUGGAAGUGGCGAGGGCCCGAGGGAUGGGUCCAGAGAGAAUCUUGCCGAACUCCGAGGAUGAUGUGGUGCAGGACCGGCCUUUAGACGCCGCGGCGCCGGAGGAGUGGAGCGGAGAGGACAUGGAGGAGGAGGAGGAGGAAGGAGGCGCUGGGGACGAGGACGAUGCUGGAUAUUAUUAUCAGCCUCUGAAUCAACACCCAGACGGGAUGAACGGCUCACACACAGAGCCCGCGGAUGAAGGAACCACCGCAGAGCAGCUUCAGGAGGUCCAGGACAGAAUAGAGGCCAUGGGUCUGUUCCUGCCCCAGCCUCCUCCUCCCGACAGCGAUGAAGAGGAGGAGCCUGAAGGAGCCGCUGCUCAUAGAAGUCAUGCGUCCAUUCCCAUGGAUGCAGAUCACGUUGAGCUGGUGAAAACGACCAUGGCGGCUGUAAAUUUGCCGACACUAGGAAUUCCUGCCUGGGCCCAGGAAAUCUCUGACGACCAGUGGAAGGACAUGGUCCAGCAGACGCUUCAGUCCAGACAAAGCUCUGCAGGCCUGAGACUAGAACGCAAGUGAAACCUUUUCAAGAGCCUCGUCUUACACUGCAGAAACAGAGAUUCUGACAUUCGCUCAUCUCAAACAAAUCAAAAGGCAUAUUGAUCACCUUAGCUGUGGUUUAUACAAACUGUGGACUUGAAAUUCUUGAAUCUAAUAGUUUGCCUUUUAAUUGCUUUGAACUAAUACACAGCAAGUGUCCAGUUGAUGCAGCUACACAGUAGGCAAAACCUGUCCUGAAAAACCAUGUUUUUUUAACCCAGUUGUAUUAAUUAUGCAGUGUUCUUGUGCUUUUUUUUGUUUGUUUGUUUGUAAAGUGGAGAAUUUUGCAACUUAGAGGUUGCUUUUGUAUGACGGUUUAGACAUGUAAUGGUGCAUCUGAGUAAUAAUCAAAUCUAAAUCAAUCUGACUGUUGAUACCUGUGCAAUGAGUGACUGAUCCUUUAUGUAUCUCACACGGCUUGAGCAACACAAAUGGCCGUCACAUCUUUUGUGUUUCUUUAUUUUUGUUCUGUACAUACAUGAACAUCUGUACAAAAUAUGACUUUCAUACUAUGUAAUGCUCAACCUAAUUAAAGUACAACAUAUGUACAUAUGACCUGGAAAGCAGCUUAAGAUUAGUGUCAGACUUGAGAAGGCCUGGGAGAUGAGGGAAAGGGAAGGGUGAGUGUGGAGAGACCCAUACUUUCUUUAUUUCCCUCUGUUUCUUGUUGCUGCCACACAAGCUGAACACUGGCCCCAUCCGCCUGUCGAGCUGCAUUGAAAAAGGAAGCAUGCUGCGUUCAAGAGUGAAGUUGCCUCUGAUUGUUUCUGGAAUGUUUUGGUCUAUGUAGAGGCAGCCAUGUUGGCAAAUCAUGCUCUUGAUUGCACGGACAAGUCAUUCCCGUGUGCUGAUAGGCCGAGGUGACGUUACAACACUUCAAACAGCUAAUGAUUUAAAGACUUCACCUCUGCACUGCAUACUAAUAGGCUGUUACAGCACGAGUCGAAACGUAUGCACGUGUUUGAAGCAAUGGAAGAAGUGUAGCAGCUUGAAUGCACAGCAAGUGGACGUCAAGGCGAAUUACAGUGGGACCUUUGAGCUGCGCAUCGGAUAGAAAUAACAGCCUGUAGGAGGGGUAAAUGUUCCCUCACUAUUGGAAUGAUCAGUCACACUUCACGAGACAGACCUUUACAGCAGAGAGGGGACAUCAUGCAUCAGAAUGGAGUCGUACAAGCAAACAGAAUGAAAGAAAAGAUUAACUUGGAGCAUAAAAAAGGAAUACUGAUGGGCAUGGGGUGGGCAAGGGUGCAAUCAUAAGCAAUUUACAUGACAAUAUACAGUACACAAGUAUUUGCAACAGCAAUUGCAGGCUGUCAGUUUUCCGUAUAUUAAGCCUGGACAAGCGAGUAUCUUUCUCUAAGUAUAUAGUCCUAUUAGGAGGAUUGUAUAGCGCUUGAUCAUACACUAGACCAGUCCAUGUUUUCUAUACUGUUCUAAUUCCUGAAAAAAAUAUUGCUUUAAAGUG